UCGAUGUGGUUUUUCCCUUCGCGAAACUUGGUCACAUCCAAAUUCGGGACAAAGUAGAAAUAAUAAUAAUUUAUUAUAAAAUAAAAAGUUAGCGGAUUGAAGUAGUUUUUACUUGGCACUUGAGCAACAAAAUGCACCUGACGCUGAUCAAUUUGUUCAAGAAGACUGUGCCCGGCCACAUAUUCCGGGGCAAGCGGCGCCUGGUGAAACCGGUCAGUCAGCGAGCAAUGGACACCCUGACCCACGAGUACGAGCGCCAGGAGCAGGUAAUGUUACUCCUCCGACACCCGUAUCUCACCAUGGAGCAGUCAUUCGGUCAUGCCAAGGAGCUGCAGAAGCGCGAGAAGCUCGUUGCCAGAUGGACGGACGAGCAGACACUGCGCAAGAUGAAGCCACACGUUACCAUCGAGGAGCGGCUGAACCAGCUGAAGAUCAAGGAGGCCUGGGACUAGCCGUCGUCGCAGCUGCUAAACCGGCGUUAUUUGUUAAAUAAAUCUAGAUGUUAUGGAAAUUAUAUAAUACCUGCUGGAUAAGAGUAGUCGUUUCAUCACCCGAUUAGUUAUAUUAACAUACAAGUUACUCCGCGAGGACUGACUACCAGCUUGCUAUUGGUGUGUCACCUCAAAGGCAUUAUCCCAGUGGACAGAAAUGGUGGACUAGGCACUCACACCAAUCGAUUUGAAAGGCAGUGCACUUGGCAAAGUUUCCACUUGAUUCACUUAACGUUGUCUUCGUGUUUGGCGCUCAUAUCGCUUUUAUUUGUUAAAUUGCGUGUCUAAGUGUAUAUAUCAAUAAUUCUUGUAUGUUAUGUAUAUGAACUGUUAUGUACAUAUGCAAGGCAUGUAACACGUUUCGUCGUUUCCACUUCCGAUCGCUCGGACAAAUCGCCAUUAUCAGAACGCUCCCAGCAUCAAUUCGUU